AUGGAGACAGAAGUAGGAAAUGGAAAUGUAGAUCCAAAAAGAAAACUUGACUAUCCACAGAAAAUACCACAAGAAAUCCAUGAUGGACAAAUGACUUCAAGCACAGUUUCCAGUUUAUCUUCCCCAGUAGACUCUGGAGUCCAACUGCUAGAUAGUGAAAGCGAAAUCACAUCAGUAAUGUCAGCAAGUGGUUUUGGUUGUGAUAUUGAUACACUCACUACAGAUAUAGAUAAAGAACAGCUUGAAGAAAGUGACAUAUUCCCAAAGAACAAAGAAGCAGAACCUAAAAUUAAUGGGGAAAUGUUAUCUUUUGAAUACUACAAAGCAUGUGAGAAAUUGGGUCCAAUUGACCAUCCAGAGCAAGUUAAAAUGAUGACAAGAAGUGACAUAAUGAAUCAAAAUGUUGUCUCAGACUACAAAAAGCUGUCAGCUUCUGUACCCAACUAUUUUGAUGAAUUGAGAUAUGCUCCUAGACUUGAAUCAAGUUUCAGUGAUGAUGUAUUUGAAAUGGAGCACCCUAUUAAAAAUAAUGAGCCUGAUUUAAUGAAUGUCUCACUAACAAGCUAUGAGUUGCUUGAUUAUACUUUGCAAAACAGGGAGUCCUCCAUAGAAAACUCUGAUAUGCAUGUGAGUUUGUCAGAAGAAGUCAAUGAGAAUUUGAAACUGGCAUUGAAUAAUGCUCUGAGUCAUGAUCCAGUUCCAGAGGCCACUGUCAUACCAGAAGUCAAGGAUAAGCAAUAUGAAGAGCAAAUAGUGUUCCGUAGACAGAGAAAGAAAAAGUCAAAAUCUGAUACCCCCAAAAAGAGAGUAUCAUUUCAUGAGGAUAUACUAAACAGCACAAAAAUUGAUGAUAUACACAUCAAUCAUGGCUUCAUCACUCAUGAACCAGAAGUAUCUCUCAGCUUCUUUCAACGUGGUUUUAUUAAAAAACCUGAUGUAGUCAAAGGUAGAUAUAGUUGGGCAGCAGAAGGUGAUGCUCCAUACUAUGAAAAACCUUCUGAAAGGGAAGUAAAGUCAGAUAUCUAUAUCAACCAGCACAAAUAUUCUUCAACAUCAUCUAGCUCAACUGCUAGCUCUAGCUCAAUUGAUGAGGAAGAUUCAGAGGAGGCAAUUGUGAGAAAAGAACCUAGUUUGAAGUCCAGACCAAAAUCAAGCUGUCUCAAGAAAACAAAGCACUCUAAGAAACAUAUUGACACAAAUAUUGUUCAGGAAGAAACUAAUUUGAAAAAGAAAAAAUCUGAAACCAAUCUUCUAGAUUCAAACAUUUUUGGGAGCCUGAAGAAUAUCCUCAAUUUCUCUACUUCAGUUCCAUUGGCUGAAAGAGGGGUACCAGAGGGUCAAGAAGACCUGACAGUUUAUUCUUCAUCACAGGAUAAUUUGAACAGAAGACCUUUGGGGAAUUUGAUGCUGAAAAACUUUGAAGCCAUAGAGGUGAAACCACCAGUUGUGACUAAAUUGGAUCAGGUGAAGAAUAACUUGAAAUUGACUAUGAGUGAGGGGUUUUAUCCAAACUACCCAAGAGUUCAGAAUGAUUUACCAGCAAAUAUUGUUGUCUGUGACAGCAAUGUCUAUGAGCAUAAAGGCAUUAGCUAUUCCUACGAAUAUGACAAAUUCCAAAAAACUUUCGAAAAUCAAACGAAACCAAAAAGCUCAACCGUCUACCAAAUGAUCCUCAAGGAAUUCAACUUCUUCCGAAGAAGAGCCAGACAAGAACAAGACGUCGAAGGAGAAGAAGAUUUCGAAAUAAUCAACGGUGCAUCCACGCCCGUCAAAAUCGAAGAAAACCUUGAAGAAGUAGAGGAGCCGAUAGUCAAGGAAGUCAAACCCGCAACCAGUACCAUCAGUCGCAAAAGCUCCUCUUCCAGCAAACUCGAUUGGUCCGAUAACGAAACCAUCUCCGACUUGGCGGAGCCCCAAAACCCCAGACACUUGAGCUCUCCCAAACGCAAAAUCAACAGGAACAACCACUACUCCGUCAGCAGCUCCUUCAAAGUGCCCCUUUCCGAUAGACUGUCCGAGCCAGACCUUGCGAAAUCUCUGCCCUUGAAAGCCUCCAGCUCAAAAACCUCCCUGAUAAACAGGUUCUUGAAAAACGUCACGCUGAAGAAAAUGCUGGACGCCAAAGUGUUGGACAAGCAGAGGAGCUCCAAGAGGGUGCUCAGUUUGUGUGUGAAGGGGGUCAAGCCCCAAGGGCCUGACAAGUUAGAUGGGGAGUUGGAUAGGGAGGUAGCUGAAGGGCGACGGAAGACGGUGAACUAUUCGGAUUCGGUGGAUAAGAACUUGAUGGUACAGUUCAGGAAGGAAGUGUUCAGGAAUCGACUUGAGAAACUUUCUAGGGUAUUCCAUGUAAGAAGCUCUUAUACAACCAAUGGAGACAGCAAAGCACUAUUAGUUCUUUUAACGGAUAGAACCCUGUAUAUAACAGGGUCCAAACCGAAUGGUUCUUAUCAUAAUCAUUUUGUUCUGCCCUACACUGACCUGGAUACCAUUCUCCUGGGUCCCAAUGCUCAAAUGGUCCAUUUCUCAAACGCUGAUAGAGAAAUGCAGUGUAUUAUAAGUACGGGAUGUUCGAAUGUCACGAGCGAGUUGGUGGGGCAGCUCGAGAUAGCGAUGAGGAGAGACUCGAAUAAACCUCGGUUGCCUGCUGUGAAACAGCUGAACAUGAGGGACAUGGUGGCCUUGAGAAGUGCUAUCUGCAGACAGACUUCCGUACACAAGGAUGAGGAGUAUUAUUACUAUAGCAUUGUGAACGUGCAGGAUUUCACAUCUGAUGCUGAACAGACACCUCUAGGUCCUAAGAAAGAAGGGCCACUUAUGUUUAAAACUGCUGAGUCCGAAUUGUGUAGAUGGGAAACUGCAUAUUUUAUCUUGAAGGCCGGGGUCCUAUACAUGUUGUCCGCCCCCUCCCAACGGGUACCGAUGCGGGUGUUUCCGCUCAUCAACGGGUGCUGCCAGGGCGCCAGGAGGGUAUUCAACGGUGGCAGACCCCACACCUUCCAGGUGAUCGUCGAAGGAAAGAGUCUGAUGCUGGCCGCUCCCGAUGAAUACGUGGCCAGCGAGUGGUUGCAGGAAUUGGUUCAUGCGGCUAGCGGGACGUACAACCAACACCGAGAGAAGAACAUGACUCAAUCGUGCUCGCUGCUGAUGACCACCGAUCACAUUCUGACUGUCCGAGAGGCUUUCCCCUCCACAUUGAACGUCAUACCGAACUCAAAUUCGCCCCACGAUCCCGCGAAAGGAACGCAGGCGUUGUCGUGCGCCGCCAUAGUGGAUUUGGUCACCUUCAGGUUGCCUUCAGCAGAGCAGAGCUGGUGUAUUUUGGAGUUUGCCUGUAGAGAGGUCCAUGAAUACAGUGGGGAUUGGAUACUGUACUUUUCUACAAAUGCAGAAUUGGAGAAGUUCAUCUCCACUCUUGAGAGUCUUUGGCAAUAUUUGAAUGAAGAAGGAGAAUCUUUUCCUCUUAGCACCAUCCCAGAAACUGAUCCCCUAAGCAAGAAGUGUGUCGAUGUCUAUACAUCCCUUAUAGGAACGUGGCCGUCUAACACUGUAUUAUUACAGUUUUUGUAA